AAUAAUAUUUGAAAUGGCUUUGCUGUUCCAAAUACCAAACUCCUUUCAUAGUUUUUAAUUUGUGUUUAGUAUGUAGAUUAGAAAGUUCAAGAAUCAUAUUGGCAAUCUAGUUGUGGAACAAAGAACACUACAUUAUCCAUUAUAUCAAACACGAUUUAAACUGCCACUAAAACAGCUGAUUGUCAAAGCGCCAUGUCUAGUUUCACUUCCGGGAAUUUCAAGUGGGCGAGUCCUUGCAAGGAUGCUGGAGGAUUAAGCGAAUAAAAAUUGCAUGUUUGACAAAUGGUAUACGGUGUAUGUGACUGAUAGUGAUUUGUGUCCCACGAACGAAUGCCGGGGAUCGAAGGAGACUACUCGUUUACUGUAAUGUAUAUAUUGUGCUUUAAAUUAUAAUUAAUCAGAAGAGGGUAAUUAGGGUACAGGAGCUUCAAUUCCAAUUUUUAAGAGAGCGUCUGUUACAAGAGAUGGCAUUGUGACUCGGAAGCAAAAGGCACAUUAUCUUGUUCGUAAUAUUCUAUAAUAUGCGUCACUUAUAUCAUAGGGGAUCCAUUCCUACAAUACAAAGAAUUAAUACUUUACGACAUGCACUCGCACGUGAACUUGGAGAGGAAGAUGAAGCAGAGUACCUUCCUUUGCAAGAUCUUAAUGAAGUUCGAGUUAGACAAGCUAGGAGAGUUGCAUUUGAGGAUACUGAAGAUUUCUCCUCUCCUAUGUCGGCUCAUGCUGGUAGUAAUCAUGAGCAUGAUUCUAUUACAUCUUACAUCCAAGAUGCUUCUUGCGAAUAUCCUUUGGAACAAGCAGCUGUGAAAAUAGUGAAUGCAAUGGAGAAAGAUAAUAGUCUGAUGCGUGAUAAUCCACUGUCUGAACAACGCAGAUUAGACACUUUAAGAGAAAUGCCAGAGUCGCUUACUUUGAAACGAACUAUUCGAAGAAAACUUAUUAAUAGAGUUAAUAAAAAACAAGGAGGCUCCCCUUUAGGUGUCUUCAAACGAUUGAGAUAUCAGUUCAGUAUGUCAAUUACUAAGUUUAAUGAUUUAAUAAAAGACAUGAUAUAUAGCUGUGAAUUGUGGUACAGUAGUAUCAAAGUAAUAGAAGGCCACUACGGAAGUGGUGUGGCUACAUUCUUCAGAUUUUUUCGUUCACUUUUCAUAAUGAAUUGCAUAGUAUUUUUUAUUAGCCAUAGUUUCUUGGUGAUUCCUCAAAUUCUGUAUGAUCACUUGGGUACCGUCAGCUGUAAUUUGCUGUGGAAUAAUAGCUCUGUACAGAAUAUCAGCUCGCUUAAUUCAUCUUUGGAAGAUAUGAUUGACACCACAAUUUUCUCUGAUGAAGGGUUAUUUCACCAAUACAAGUUUAUACUAUGGUCACUACAGCAAUCAAUCCUGGGAAGCUAUUCCAGGGAUACAUUAUAGUUUUCCAAUGGCAUAUUUUUUCACAUUUCUCUUUUGUUAUGUAUUUAUAUUCAUAUGUCUAUCAGUCAGCAUGGCAAAAUCCUAUCGCAAGAGUUUUAUUGAAACUUCUCAAGGAAUCAAAAAUAUUUAUGCUCAUAAAAUAUUUUGUGGUUGGGAUUUUGGUAUUGCAACGGAAGAAUCGGCUAUUUUGAAAUCAAAGAGCAUUUUGAAUGAACUCAAGGAGUUAUUGAGUGAAGAUGAAAAAUCUGAUAUGUCACAAAACUGUAAAAUGAGAUGUCAUAUUAUUGGAGUGAGAAUCUGUGUACACAUAUUAAGUACCUUUAUACUUAUAUUUACUGGUGGUGUAAUAUGGUUUCUAUUAAGUGCAAAUUUGGGUUAUGAUGAAGAGAGAACAUACCAAAGUUCCAUGAUGAUGUCCCUUAUUGUCACAAUAAUAAUGAUGAUCUCACCAGUAAUAUUUUCUUGGAUUGUUAGAUUUGAAGAGUACCGAAAACCUCGCACUGCUCUUUAUUUUACCUUAGUAAGAACGUUUCAGUUAGGAAUGGUGGUCAUCAGUGUACUUCUGGCAUUUUGGUUGAAGCGAUCAAAGGCAGACACUCAAGAGUGUUGGGAAACAUCUCUGGGACAAGAAGUUUACAGACUUAUUCUCGUGGAUUUUCUAAUAGCAAUUCUUGGAACUGCACUGGCAGAAUUUGUCCGCAAAAGAAUCUACUUUAUGUAUCUUUUUUAGAACAUUGUGGAGAAAAAUCGGCCAGCCUGAAUUUGAUAUUGCUAGAAAUACAUUAAAUUUAAUUUAUAAUGAGACACUUUUCUUUGUGGGAUUUUUUUUCUGUCCUCCAGCAUCACUUAUUAUUAUAAUUAAAAUGUUCAUAACAUUUUACAUUAAAAAGAUUGGAGCUCUAAAGAACUGUCAGCCAUCAGAACAUUCAUGGCGUGCAGCUCAAACACAAACAGUGUUUCUAGUCCUAUCAUUUAUUUCCAUGUUGAGUGUAAUAAUAGUGUAUGGAUACAUUCUCAUGAAUGUGAAAGCUUCUGAUUGUGGUCCAUUUCGUGGGUAUCCAAGUAUGUAUGAAAUGAUAUUAGAAGAAAUAUUUCAACUAAAGCAAGAUCAUGCAAUUAUCAAAGUUUUUGUGUACAUCACAAAGCCAGGUGUUGUGGCUGGAAUAUUAAUUGGAAUGUGUGUCGUUGUUUACUACCUGAGAGCUCAGUCUCAAGCACAUAUUCAUAUGGUGGACAUUCUUCGGGAAAUGUUGCAUCUUGAAGCAAAAGAUAAAGAUUUUCUUCUCAGUAACAUCACCAAAGUAUCAGAGGGGGGCUGGAUUUAUGGUAACAAAAGAAACUAUGAUGUGCAGCACCAUUCGAAUAAAUUGAGCGGGACGACUAAUAGUGAACACGGACGUUCUGAAGGAAGCUACUCUUCCUCAUCAUCUACUCAGAGAGUGUCGGAGUGGCUUUUGAAAUCAACGAGAAGUGUGGAUCCUAUUUUGGAUAGCAGUACUUCCAGUACUGGAGGGGACACAAGAUGUUACGAAAAUGUACUUGUCGAGACAGAUGAGAGAAAUUUAUCAAAUGUAAAGUUACAGGAAGCAAAAUAGGCGUAAUGCUUGAAAAUACACAUAAUUUAUUAUUGGAAGAUUAUGUUCUGAAAGUUCACUGGCAUAUGCUACAAUUGAUCUGCACAGUGAACAUUUGAAGUUGCUCUUAAGAGAAUGUUUUGAUGAGAGUAGCUGAAUAUAGUAUUAGUGUGAUUUCCACUUUAAACACAGUUAUAUUUCAAAUUAAUGCUUGCAAUCAUUACAAUUUAUUUGUUGAAACUUCAACUUUUCCCUUCCAACUAAAAAGCUGGUUGGGAAGCUCUGCUCAAGUCAGAUAAUGAUUUUUAAUUUAUUGUAAUAGUUGGUUAAUGCUUUAGAAUUUUAUUGUAGUUAAGUACGUAUCUUCACUUAUUAUUAGAUAUUUCUGUAAUUGGUUUGGAAUUUCAUGCAAGAGUAAUGUGCAGAUUUGCUAUAGUGACAGGAUAUAAUUGAUUAAUAUUCCAGAGAUGAGUUUCAGACAGAAUAAGAAAAUUAUUUUAUUUAAUUUUAAUUAUGAAAUAGUAUUGUUUCUAGAGAAUUUAUAGCUUAUGGAAGUGUUCUGGUUUGGUUGUGGAUUUCCUUAAAAUUGAGGUCCGAUGUAAGUUGAUGUAAGAUGGAUUUAGAACAUAUCCCACUCAUAUUUUUAAAGUUACACUACUCAGAAAUUAAAGUGCUGGGGCAAUUGUCAAAAGCAUGAGCUAAACAAAAAAAUCAGUGCAUAUGUAUUCACUCUGACAGCCCUAAUUCUAGGCUAUGUUGGUGCACAUUUGAUUUUUAAUACGAGAUAACCAUAUAUCCAUCCUUACCAUGAUGUAAAUCAAAGAUACAAUUUUUUUACUUAUAUCGCUUCAGGAUAAAUCAUAUAUGUGUGUGUUGUUGGUUGUAGCCAAGAUAAAGGGAGAUGCAGCUGCAUUCUAUCUCAAGAUAAUUCUUUUAAUGAUGGCUGAAAUGAUAUUAGAAGGAAAUGUGGGUGCUGUGCCCACAUCAUUUGCAGUAAUUACAAAGAAUUUGAAAUAUUUCAAGGAGGAGAAAGAAAUAAACACAGAAAAAAUAUGUAAGCUAGAAUUCAGUCUAUUGUGUAUCACAUAAAUUAAUUAUCUAAUCCACAAUUUAGGAAAUGCUUCAUUGCCUGCCAUUCCUCUUUCUCGUCCCCCCACUGUGCGCGCUACUGCACCACCUCAAUAACCUCAAAAACACCAGCAGCUCCCCCAUUCCCCCCUGUAGUUUGCUCUAGAACUUUCUACAAUUCCUCUUACCUUCAUUCUCAGAAUCAUA